UCUCAAUCUUUUUAACAUCUAUUAUGUUUCUUUUGGAGUAAGUUCUUUCAUGGAUUGAUUCAGUACGUUUUUCUUGUGAAUCCCAUCAUCUGAAUCUCCUCUGCCUUUGCACAUUAGCUUCACGGCUCAGAAUAUAGUGCACUUAAAUAUGGAUUUUUAUGCGUGUGGGGGCAGAGAGUUUCCUAUUUACUUCGUGAAUCACCCUUACUUUCAUUGCUAAAUUAGCAAUUUUGCGAUUGUGUGUAAUCCCUUUUGGAAAGUAGUUAAGCUCCAGCAAGUUCCUUUGUUUGGAUAGCUGAUUAGAAGCUAGAAGUCGAGAAUCAUCAUUUCGGACAAUUUCCACAUCAGUAUUAGCUGUUGUUUCUGGGUACCAUGCGAGUUCUUGUGACUUUCCUGGCAGUUUUCUCUGCUCUUCUCCGCUUUCCAGGGGUUAAAUCUCAUGGAGUUCAACCACUCUCGGCGAUUGCCCUCCACAGAGCUGUAAUUGAUAUUGAUGAUCAAGCUUAUAUUAGAGCCACCCCUUUGAUUCUUGGAGUGAAUGGGCAAAACAAAGAAUGGGUCACUGUAGAGUAUGGCAUUCAAAAUCCAUCUGUUGAUGAUUGGAUUGGAGUCUUUUCUCCUGCUGAUUUCAGUGCGUCUACCUGCCUCCCUGAUAAUCUUAAAACUGUUCCACCUCUGUUGUGUACAGCACCAAUAAAGUUCCAAUAUGCAAACUACUCCAACCCCAAGUACAGAACUACUGGAAAAGGAAGAUUAAAGCUGCAGUUGAUCAACCAGAGAUCGGAUUUUUCUUUUGCACUAUUCACUGGUGGAUUGUUAUCACCGAAGCUGGUGGCCUUGUCAAAUACAGUUACCUUUGCAAACCCAAAUGCACCAGUCUAUCCACGCUUAGCCCAAGGGAAGGAGUGGAAUGAAAUGACUGUGACAUGGACAAGCGGUUAUGGACUGAAUGAAGCAGAGCCUUUCCUCCAAUGGGGUCUGAAAGGAGGAGAACAGAGACGUUCUCUAGCAGUGACAUCGACAUUUGAUCGUAACACCAUGUGUGGAGCUCCAGCAAGAACUGUUGGGUGGCGUGACCCUGGAUUUAUUCAUACAAGUUUCUUAAAGGAAUUGUGGCCCAACUCAGUCUACACGUAUAAGUUGGGCCAUAGAUUGUUCAAUGGCACAUAUAUCUGGAGUCAGAUGUACCAUUUUAGAGCAUCACCUUAUCCUGGGCAAAAUUCUCUGCAACGUGUGGUCAUUUUUGGUGACAUGGGAAAGGGUGAAGCAGAUGGCUCUAAUGAAUAUAACAAUUAUCAGCCUGGAUCUCUUAAUACAACCAAGCAGCUCGUAGAAAACUUGAAUGACACUGAUAUAGUGUUCCACAUUGGAGAUAUCUGUUAUGCAAAUGGAUAUCUUUCCCAGUGGGAUCAGUUUACUUCUCAGAUUGAACCUGUUGCUUCAAGAGUACCUUACAUGAUUGCAAGUGGCAACCAUGAGCGCGACUGGCCUGGAACAGGUUCAUUCUACAACACCAUGGAUUCAGGAGGAGAAUGUGGUGUCUUGGCUCAGACUAUGUUUUAUGUUCCUACUGAGAACAGAGCUAAAUUCUGGUAUUCCACAGACUAUGGCAUGUUCAGGUUCUGCAUAGCUGACACAGAACAUGAUUGGAGAGAAGGAACGGAACAGCAUAAAUUCAUUGAGCACUGCCUCGCAUCUGUCGAUAGACAGAAGCAGCCAUGGCUAAUCUUCCUCGCACAUAGAGUUCUUGGCUAUUCUUCAUCUCCUGUGUAUGCUUCUGAAGGAUCAUUUGCAGAACCAAUGGGAAGAGAGGGUCUUCAAAAACUCUGGCAGAAGUAUAAAGUUGAUAUUGCCAUAUUUGGGCACGUUCAUAAUUAUGAAAGGACCUGUCCUGUUUAUGAGAAUGUUUGUACAAGCAAUGAGAAGCAUUACUAUCAUGGCGCCUUGAAGGGGACAAUACACGUGGUUGCAGGAGGAGCAGGAGCAAGCCUUGCUGAAUUUGCUGCCAUCCAAACUGCAUGGAGUAUUUUCAGAGAUGUUGAUCAUGGAUUUGUAAAAUUGACCGCAUUUGAUCAUUCAAAUCUCUUGUUUGAGUACAAGAAAAGCAGAGAUGGCAAAGUUUAUGAUUCAUUCAGUAUCUCCCGUGACUAUAGGGACAUCUUGGCCUGCACUGUGGAUAGCUGCCCAGCUACAACCCUUGCAGCUUGACUAUUGGAUGAAGGACUGCCAUCUGCUAGACAUUCAAGACUCCUAGUUAAUGCUAUAUAUGCUAUGUCUUUUUUUUUUUUUUUUUUCCGGAAACGAUAGAAGAUAUUUUAUAAAUUCUCAAACUGUACAAUAUUUGAGCAAAGGCUCAAGCAUCUUUACAAAGUGUACCUUGACACUUAAGGAGAGCCAAAAAAUCUCUCCUCAUCCAUAAGUAUGCUCAGGGCAUAAUGGCUAAUUUGAUUACUUAAAA